AUGACAUAUCUUCCUUACGCAGCGUACUCAGUGAGCUUCCUCGUGAGGAUGUGUUGUUGCUCGCGAAUCAGAGCUCUUCAUGAUGUGAUUGGCGCAAAUUUCGCAGGAUGCAGUGCCUCUUCGUCACUCCCGUCGUUUCUCACUCAAGAGCUUGCGCAAUUGAAAUUUGAUCUCAAUGAGCCGUAUGCAAGAGCUAGACUGCUUCCACAGCUUCUAUUCGCCAAAAUCGCGAUUGUGGAUCAAAAGAAUUUGAUAGAGGGUCAUCAGUAUGCCAAUUUACUUGCAUUCAGAAUUGUAUUGCUAUGGCAGAAAAUACUCGCUGAGCCGUCAACAGUUUUGAAGAAUAUGAUGGAUGAAUUUGCUGCCGUUGUUGAACGCGGUGAACUAGACGAUCAAGAAAAGGUAGUAUACUGGCUUGAAAGAGCUGGUUCUCAUCUGAUCUACUACGACUACGAAAGAUGUGCUGCGUGCAUUGAGCAUGCGCUAGCGUUUUCUAACCUUAACAUGGAGUUAGCAGGGAAGCUUGGAAAGCGCACUCGUUUCCAGCAACGUGACAUUGCGCAGUUGGUGCUGAAUGCGGUUUGUCAGUUUCGGAGCAGCUGUUUUGUCCUACUUUUGGUUAUAAUUUCGAGUGCGCUCUACUUUAAGGCGUCAUCCGCUUCCGAACCUGUCUCCGAAGAUCUCGAUGUCCCCACAAACUGCGCUCUAAAUGAUGACACACUACUUGAGAAAAUUGCGUUGACUGAGGGAGGAGAUGAGUCUACAGCUCUGUCACCGUUGCAGCUGGCUGUCGUGUUAGCACUGUACAGACUGGAAAGGAGAACGGAGCACUGUGAUGAGUUGUUCAUGGAGAGAGCAGAUGCAUAUCUGGAAGCUAUAAUUCGGCAACGACGCGGUUGGGCUGUACAGGCAGCAGCGUUGCUGGCACGAUGUGAAUUGGAGCGUGCGAAAAAACGACGAGUAGAGCGAGCUUGUGCGCAGUCCGAGUUGAUUUGCAAGCUUAUGGAUGGAGUCGAUGAUCAGACUCCAGCAAAUGUCAAGGAGAAGCGUUGUGAUCUUGUUCUAGCGUCUGGAUUGGAGCCGUUUUGGGACGCUUAUUCCAUCCAUGCCGAAACAUUGCAGUCUCUUGGAUGUACUUCUGAAGCGCUCCUCCUGUACGAAAAACUUGAAAUGUGGGAUAGUGUGAUAGAAUGUUUCAAGCGUUUGGGUCAACUGGAAAAGGCAGAAGCUCUGAUUCGAAGGUUAUUGCUCGAAAGACCUAAUGACUCCAUGCUUGUAUGCCUUCUAGGAGACAUCACUAUGGAGCCAAGCUAUUAUGAGACGGCCAUGAAGAUGUCCAACGAUCGAAAUGCUCGUGCUAGAAAGUCACUGGGUAAUCUUAUGGUUCUCCGGAAUCAGUUCGAAUCUGCCUACGAACAUCUACGAAGAAGUUUGGAAUUGCAGCCGAUACAGCUGGGUGUCUGGUUCAACGCGGGAUACUGUGCAUGGAAGGUGGAACGAUAUGCCGAUGCAGUCACAUGUUUUCAUCGUGUCUUAGACACCCGAGCAUUCGAGGCUUGGAACAAUUUAUCGGCUGCCUACAUCAAGUUGGGUCAGAGAGAGGGCGAGAAAAAUCCUUUCGCACUGAAAUUCAAUUUCGAACAUCCAAAAGUUUGGGAGAAUUAUCUGCUACUCUGCGUCGAUACAGCCGAAUUUGAUCAGGCAAUCAAGGCGUUCCACCGGUUGCUUGAUCUGAACAAACAGCAAAAGGAUGAUGAAGUACUGGAGAUUAUGGCGUCGAACGUUUUAAGAAUGGUGAAGGAGGCAUCGGAUGAGUCAUCUAAAGUGCAGGCCAACGAUCUGAAAACUGAGCUGUUGAAGCUGUUUGGGCGGCUGAGCGCUGUGCAGACGUUGUCUUCGAAGGACGACAAUGUCGAAGAAGGAGAGAAGUAUAUACAGCUUUUGGAGAGAGCUCUUCUGGCGGACUCCAAUAAACCCAAUUGGAGCAAAGAUGUUGAAUCAUGCUGUUCGGUGCUGUCGUCUGCAGUUGAGCUAGCUUCGGAACGUCUGCGAUUUGCAGCUCUCAAAGGAGAUGACGCUGUGAAACAGGCAAAAUCUCGCAUACGGAUGUCGCUGAAACCAUUGGUUACAAUAGCCAGGAGGGAGUACGGU